AUGUCGCGGAAAGAUGACAAGGCCAAAGAUAGCACUGCUAUUGUGACUGUCAACAUUGAUGAUUUCACCAGGACACGCGACAGUGUCAUCGUCUCCCUCGCAACACUCCAAUCAGCCGUGUCAGAUCUAUCGCGCGCGUACAUCAACCAUGCCAACACAGUGCUGAACCGUGGCCCGUCUACUCUCGACCUGGGUGGCAUCACCUCUAGUCUGCUGGAGAAUGGCUUACUCAGCGGCGCCCGUGUUCUUAGUCCAGGCGGUGGCAUUGCGGGUGUUGCCCGCGGUCCCGGUGGUGUAGAUACCACUGGAGGCAAGAAGAAGCGCAAGCGCGCCCCGCAUGAUCCCAAUGCGCCUAAGCGUGCUUUGACCCCUUAUUUCCUCUAUAUGCAACAUAACCGUGCAACGAUUGCAGAGGAGCUAGGUGAGAACGCGAGACCGAGGGGGGUUGCUGAUGAAGGGACGAAGCGCUGGGCUGAGAUGCCUGAUCAUGAGAAGCAGGAGAAAAUGCGCGCAUAUAAAGCCGGCCUGCCUAUUCCUGAAGAUGGGUAUGCGACAGGCGCUGCGGUCAACGCUAAUGUGGCUGCCGCCAUGCAAUUGCAACAGGGAGUCCACCACGCCGCGGCCGGCGAGGAAGAGGCUUCAUCUGAAGGAUCUGAACAGGAAUCUGAAGAAGAGGAGGAGGAGGAGGAAGAAGAAGAAGAAUCGUCCCCAGAACCUGUGCGGGAACCUACGCCUCCACGGACGAAGCGGCGGAGGACUACUGGCGGUGCUGCGGCUGCUGAUGUGAAACCUGCGACUCCUCUGAGCGCGAGCACGAAGAAGGCGUCGCCGGAGAAGAAGAUGAGGGGUGCUGCUGCAAAGAGGGAGAAGGAGAGGGAGGAGGCUGCUGCUGCGCUUACUGGAAGUGGGAAACUGAAGCGUGGUGCUGUGGCGGCCGCAGCGACUGAGACGCCGAAGGGGAAGGGGGGGAAGAAGAAGCGCAAGAGUGAGGCGGGGGAUUGA